GUGCAGAAGCCAUUAGUGGCGUAGGGUCGCGCGACUAUAAGCAAUCCAAGCCAAGUAAGAAGGAAGGAAGCCCAUAACAGAGUUUGGAACCCUGGCUAGGCCUGUAACCAACAAAAGAGAGAGUUCUGUUGUCAAUACAUUGUGUCAAUACAUUUUUUUAUAUCUUUAUAAUAUUUUGUGACAUUUAACUCUCUGAAUUAUGGGAUGCGAUGGUGGCACCAUACCUCGCAGAGACGAGCUCGUAAAAAGAAAAAAGAAACCAGUGCAAAAAGACAAAGAAGCGGAAUUGGCCUUCAAAUGGAAACACUGUACAAUACGACAGUUACCAUUGCAGCUACCAGUUGUGGGUUGUAUCUUGGGACGUUUAUAUAGUAAGGAAUCUGUAUUGGAAGGUCUCUUGGAUCGCAAUACUUUGCCUGAAUCAGCUGUACAUAUCAAGAAUUUGAAGGAUGUAAGGAAUCUUAACCUGACACCCAACCCAGCGUUUGAUAGUGAUAGGGCUGAAAAAAGUGAUAGUUACAUGAAUGGAGCCAAAAAUCCAUACAUCUGUCCAGUUAUUGGUUUAGAAAUGAAUGGAAAGUACAAGUUCUGCUUCUUGUGGUCAUGUGGCUGUGUGAUGAGCGAACGUGCACUGAAAGAGGUAAAAAGUUGGUCAUGUCACAGAUGCCAAGAGCCAUAUGAGGAAAUGGACAUAGUUGUAUUGAACGCAGAGGGCGACGAUUUGGAACUCAUGAAGGAACGUGCAAUACUUAGGAAAGCUAUCCAGAAAAAAUCAAAGAAAAGAAAGUCUAGCAACGAUGUAUUGGCUGAGGGAACGAGCACGGACCAGUUGUCAUCAAAGAAGAAGACAAAGAAGGAAGACAAGGUACUUCCGCAGUCGAACAGCAAUCGAAGCGAGGCGGCUGAUCCGGCUUAUAAGAAAGCUAAAAGCGAUUAUAGCAUCGCAAAAGAUCCUAAAGCGUCGGAAGUGUUCAAAAGCAUUUUCACUUCGCACAAAUCUGCUGUGGAACAAGAUAGAGCGCACUGGGUUACAUAUAACCCAUUUUACAAUUAAUCAUACACCAGUAAAAGUACAGCAAGAUUUGACAAGUUAGAGAAUCGGAUGUUUCGUUGAUUCAAGUCCCGUAAAGUAUACACUAGAGGAAGAACCCAGAUAUUAAUCUAAUGGAAUGAACUUGGAAAAAAAAUUUAAUGAAAUUACGGAAAAUAAAGAUAGAAUGCGUUGUUGAA